AUGAAGUUCUUUAGCACCCUCUCAUCCUGCGUGGCGUGCGGUCUUCUUGCAUCGCAAGUCGCUGCUCAGACCUUCCAACGACUUGGUGCCUGCCCAAAAUUGGGUUGCAUCUUUCCACCUGAUCAGGCCGAUUUUCUGCCAGGUCAAUGGUUCGACAUUCGACUCGAAGUUCACGCUCCUCAGAAUGGUAGCGAGCGUGUGUCUUAUGCCCAGCCAGAUGGCAACUUCACCUUCACUAUUGGUAGAGAUGGACAACGUGCUGUUCCAGCUACACAAUUCUUCAAUCUCACAGAGCCACGUCUUGAGACAUGGAACUUCACUUGGUAUGAGGAUCUAUUUGCUCGAGCCGCGAGAACUCCUUCGUUGGUCAGGGUCGCUGGCAAGGCAUACAGAAAGGUCGCUCUGUACGAGCCUGGAAACUACGUUGCAACUCUAACAUACCAAAAUGGAUCCUCGACUGUAGCCAAUUGGACUGUUCGAGACAUCCCUACACAAAGACGGGCAAAGAACACCAUUAUCUUCAUUGGUGAUGGCAUGACCACCAACAUGAUCACAGCUGCUCGUCUGAUGGCUCAUCAGAUGAUCAACGGUAAAUAUCAGACUACCAUGGCUAUGGACCAGAUGCCAGUGCUGGGACACCAGAUGACACACUCCCUGGACUCGUUCAUCACUGAUUCGGCCAACUCUGCUUCAGCUUUGUAUACUGGCCACAAGAGCACGGUCAACGCUCUGAGCGUCUACCGUGACAGCUCCCCAAGCAAUUUUGACGACCCCAAGGUCGAGACUAUUGCAGAACUUUUCCGCGAAAUUUACGGUGGUGGCGUCGGUAUCGUUUCCACUGCCUUCAUUGCGGACGCUACACCAGCCGCCUUGACUGCGCACACAAGUCAGCGAGGCAGGUAUGGUGAGGUGGUUGACUCUUUCCUAAGAGGUAUCACCAACUACACAUGGGUCAACUGGACUGGACCCGAUGUCCUCUUUGGUGGUGGAGCUGAACAAUUCUACCCCAACUCAAGAUCCUUCCAGGGCAGGGACUACUAUCAGGAAUUCCGUAAUGCUGGCUACAAUGUUGUCCUCAACAACACUUCAUUGCAGACGGCUAGCAACAGCUCCAAAACUUUGGGCAUCUUCUCUGUUUCAAACAUGGCCAAGUGGCUGGACCGAAACAUAUACAAGAACAAUCUCAACAUCUCUCGUACCGCUCCAAACGGUGGCAAUGGUUCCGCUACUGACCAGCCUGGUCUGAAAGAAAUGACGCUCAAGGCUCUGCAAAUUCUCCGUGCCCGAAACCCUCAAAACGGGUUCUUCUUGAUGUCUGAAGCUGCAUCCGUCGACAAGAUGAUGCACGUCCUCGAUUAUGACAGAGCAUUGACAGAGCUUCUCGAACUCGACGAUACCAUCAAGGCUACUAUAAAUUAUCUUCGAUCCGUCGGUGAGCUUAACAACACUCAGAUUAUCAUCACCGCCGAUCAUGGACACGGUUUCGACGUCAUGGGUUCGGUGGAUACUCGAUACCUUGCUCAGCAGACUGGGGACAGAAACAAGCGAAAUGCUAUUGGUAUCUACGAGGAGUCAGGUCUGUCACAAUACGUCGUCCCUAAUGCCUCUAUGCCUAUUGGCUCAGACCAAAACGUGGUGUACUCUCAGGGUGUCAACUUCCCGACCAACUUUGAUCCAAGAUACACCUUCUACCAAGGUGUCGCAGCAUUCCCUGACCACCGUGAGGAUUAUACGGUAAACAAACGAGGGCCUAGGGUUCCAGCCCUCAAUAUCACUGGUUUCAGUAGCACUGAUUACUACGUCAAUUACAUCGACGCAGUCACUGGCUUCGUCAUCAAUGGCUCACUGCCAGUCGCUGCUGACCAGGGUGUCCACUCCCUGACUGAUGUGCCAGUCUUUAGUCAAGGUCCUUGCCAGGCUGACUUCGGUGGUGUCUACAACUCCAUCGACGUCUUCUACAAGAUGGCCGGCUGCUUGGGUCUGAGUAGAAGAACACCGCCGAGGCCAUAG